AAAAGAUUUAGGCACAACCAUUCAUGUAUUUGGAUAAGACUACUACUACACUACUACUCAUUUACAAACUCCAUAAACAAAAUUAAUUAGCUCAUAUGGAAACUCUCAUAUGUCUUCAAAUCCCAAAUCUCUUCAUUACAAACUCAUUUCCAUUGAAUCAAAAACUCCCAAUCCAUUUUCAUAAAAGAAUAAACAGGACUCCGAAUCUCCAACGAACCACAUGGAAAUUGAAUGCCGAAGCAAAAGGCUUCGGCAAUGGAAAACCUGAAAUUUCAAAAAAGGGAAACAGAAGGAGUAAUAACAACAAUGACGAUAGCGACGAGAAAAUUCCGACGGAGAUAUGGGAAAGGAUUAUCGGAAGGAUUCUGUUUUACGUCGGAGCUCCGUUGAUCGGCGGUGUGAUUUUGCUGCAGAUUUUCGAUUUAAUAAAGCAGCAGAAAUUGUUGGAUCUGCCAAUUUGGUUGCCAUUUUUGACGACGUUUAUCACAUUUGGGGCUUCAGCACUUGGAGCUGCUUAUGGGACUUUGUCAGCCAGUUGGGAUCCGGGGAAACAGGGCUCGUUUAUUGGGCUAGAAGAAGCUCAGAAGAAUUGGGUUGAUAUGUGGGCUGAAGAUGGUGCUGAUGAAGAAGAAGAAAAUAGGUGGAUUAAUUAAGAAAUGUAAACUAAUGAUUAUUAUUCUUUAAUAGACAACUUUCACGUGUAGCAAAUAAAAAAUUCAUAUUUGUAUGUUAUAGCAAAGUUUGCAUAA